AUGAGAGACCCUGGGCAACCUGAAGAUGUGAUUAUAGCAGAAAAGAACACAAAGGCUCAACUAGAGAAAUGGCUUGAGGUGGAAGAAAGUAUCAUGAAACAAAAAUCUAGAGUACACUGGCUGAAAUUAGGAGAUGCUAACAGGGCUUAUUUUUUUGCAAUCAUGAAGAGAAGAUACUCUCAGAACAAAGUUAAGAGUUUAAUAAGGGCUAAUGGGGAGAUGGUGCAAACUAAACAAGAGAUUGAAGAGGAAGUGCUUGGCUUCUACAAGCAGUUACUGGGAUCUUCAGCUGGGAACUUGCCAGGUAUUAAUCCAAUGGUGAUGAGGGAUGGAGAUUUGGUGAAUAGACAACAACAACUUCAUUUAGUGAAAGAUGUAUCUAAAGAGGAAGUAUUUCAGGCACUGCUAGGCAUUAAUGACAACAAAGCACCUGGCUGUGAUGGUUUCAAUGCUUUAUAUAUUCUUCAAGAAGGCAUGGUCUGUGAUUGGAGACAAGGUUACAGAGGCAGUGCUGGAGUUCUUUACAAAUGA